CCUCUGGAUGGAUGGUGAUGCGCAGGGAAGUAGCUGGUGAUUGUGGGGUUUUCACCAAUUGUUAAGGGGUGUAGGUGGAACCGGGGUCCCACAAAGGCCUGGAGAACUCUGGAAAGGAUCUUGGAGAUGCUUGAAAGAAGUGGUCCUCUGUAGCUACAGAAACAGUUCACAGAUUUGAAUGUUUUUUCCUUUCUUGAGAUCAAAUGAGUGAUUUCAGCUGUUCUUGAGCCAGUACUUUUAUCUGCAUUAAACUUUUAAGAUGCUUUCAGAUUAGAUGGAAAGAUGACCUCAGAUUGUGAGUUCUGUAGUGUAUUUACCAAAGAACUUAGUGGAUGAUACUUUUACAAUCUCCAGCACGGGAAAGCAAACUUCCAUCCAGCCAAAGAAAGUAAACUGAACAAAAGUGAAUUAGGCUCUCAAGUCUUCAGGAGAGUGUUCCUCACCAAUCACACGGGAGCAUCGAUGGCGGUGAAUCCUCUGGAGGGUCUAAUGUCAGUCGCAGUGAAUCACCGACUGGUCUCCAGCUCCACCGCUGAGCCACAGAGGCAGCAGCUCAGUGCAGCCGGCAGCUCAGCAUCCCUGCACGGACACGGGCAGAGCAUACGCAGCAGCCGCGAGCCAGGGAAGUGGUCUGUGUGUGGGUCCAGGUCACGCUCUGGUUCUGGAUGUGGGUCUGCGGUCCAGUCCAGGACACUGAGGGGUCAGCACUCCCCAGAAAACGCAGCACGAGAGAGGAGCCGUGUACGCAACCUGCGACAGGCCUUCCACAGCCUGCAGGCUGCUCUGCCCUCAGUCCCGCCAGACACCAAACUGUCCAAGCUGGAUGUUCUGGUUCUGGCUACUAACUACAUAGCUUACCUAACGGAGACCCUGGACCAGGGAGGGACGCUGGCUGAACACACCCUGCCUUCCAAGCCGGGUGGAUACCUGCAUCCAGUUAAGAAGUGGCCCAUGCGUUCCCUGCUCUACUGUGGCAGCAUGGGAGAGCUGCUAUCAGGAAUCCCAGCCAAUCAGAUGCCUCCACCUGGACAGAAUGGGACACACCCACUGACCCCCACCUUGGAAGGAGACAAAGAGUCAUAGUACAACAUGGGACAUAACUUUCACCCCAUUUCCUUUCAACAAUGUUAACCAGCCACGCAGCUACUAUCGACAGCGAAGGACACAUCAAAGCAAAGUGAAUGGGAUUUGUGUGGAGACAGUGAUCAGUCAUUAGCAAAUUAUUAGUUAGCAAAGUUUUACUUUAGCAAAGCAGAAGAAAAUCUUAACUUAAAGCCAUCCAAAAAUAAAAACAAGGUUAGCAUUUUCUUACUUUGUAUGGAGAUAAAAAAAAAAAACUUUCUUCCAGUUCAUGGUUUAUCUAAUAACGAAGGUCAGGGCUUAAAUUAACCUGCAACUACAAGUACAGUGGCCAUUUUUAGCUCUGGCUGCUGGGAAAGUCAAUAAAUUUUGAAUGCCGAGUUGCCUAGAGUUUAUUUCAUUUCAUUCUUUAAUUCAAAAUCUGGCUACAUGUCCUAAUUAAACAGAAAACACUUUUUUUAAUUUCCUGUUCUUAGUUUGUCCAUCUGCAAAAGCCUGUCAUCAGUGUCAAACUAAGACAAACAAACACCCACAGGUACAGAUACUCACUAAUGCACACAGCACAGAGAGGUUUAUAUUCACCCUUGUUGAAAAUGAUCGGAGCAUUAGACAGCAGGUCGUCAGGAACGGAUUUAAUACGAGGAAAUGAAAAAGCCGCUUCCUUUGACUAAAAACAUCCCCACAUGGAGGAACAGUGUGCAACAUAUUAUCUUGAUUUAAACGCUGUACAGUGUUUUAUUUUUAUUUUUUCAUCUGUUGCUUUCACUGUAUGGAAGAAAACCUUCUUUGUUAGGGUCUAAUCAUUUUUAUUUAGAUGUUUGUGGUAUUGCAUAAAGUCACAGUGUAUAUGUGUGUGUGUGUGUGUGUGUGUGUGCAUGCGUGUGCACGUGUGUGUGUGUGUGUGUGUGUGGGAGUGAAAGGACAGACAGACAUGUGAGCAGUGAGGGAGGGAUUGUUGUGGGAACACAGCUGCUGUCUGAUCACUUCAUAUCUCUGCAGUAAUGACCACUUAGUUCUCAUUACAACUCUGCCACAGAAUGUAACCCUUUACUCUGAGUAAAACAGCGUCUACAAUAACAGCUUGUGUUUGUUGCUUAUUACUUCAAAUUUGACAAACACAUCUUAGAUGCAGAAAUAGUCCCAGUGGUUGCGUUAAACCUCAGUGGGCAGAGUUACUACUCCCCACCAUAUUUCAGGCUCUAUUUCUUCAUAAAAAACGACUUUAUCUUGACAUCAUUUCAAUUUUAUUCUAAUGAGCAGACAAUAAGACAUCUCUGCCAGUUAUGGCGGCCCACAUUUUAACAUCAGCAGGUAACUGUACAUCUCCAAACAAAUACUGCGUUCAGAUAAAAUUCCUGCAGUAUUGCUACAGGGACUGAUAGUGUGAGUGUGGUUAUAACAGCAGUUCUGAAUGAAUGAACACAUCUUUAGCGUAAUUUUCAGGCAUCCAGAUUAUUCACAAAACUCUUGUGUCUUGAUGUUAAGUUGUUUGAUCUCCUACUCUUGAUUCAGACCUCUAGGUGUGAGAGUCUGGAGGGUGAAAAUAUAAAAGUCUUUGGUUUGGAGAAAGAUGGCAUUUAAACGGCCUCCUCUUCUCGGAGAUCUAAUGUGCUCGAUGCCAGUGUAUCUGAGAGAGGCCACUGGGUUACCCUGGUCCUUGGUCCAGAUGGAGCACCUGUGCUCUGUAUCCUGUUUUUAGGGCUCUUGGUGUUUUUGCUACACACAUUAAACCACAUGUGAUAAGACAGAAUACAUGAACCACACCAAUAAUUUCCUGGUGGAGGAUCAAGAAAGCGUGUGUUUUCAGCAGGGAAGAGAUUUCACCAGCAUUUGUGUUAGGUUAGGGCCGUGGUUCUCAAACAAGGGGUCAGGACCCCUUGGUGGCAGUAGAGCCACUUUGGGAGAGGGGUGUAGACCGGAUCUAAAAUUACAUGAAUAUGAUUCAUGUGGUGACAUAUGAAAGUGCUCUGAUGCUAGCAAGGCUAUUUUGCUAACAUGAAUCUUGUUUAUUCCAACCGCCUGUAUUGUUAAUGAUUGAUUAAAAUUAAAUCCACUUUUGCUGGGGUGUGGGGGCAUGAACUUCGGCUUCUGAAAUGGGGUGUGACAGAAAAAGUUUGAGAACCACUGGGUUAGGGGAACGUUUGUACAAUACUUUAGGUGAAUCUUUGAAUUCAUUUGUGGAUUUGAGCUCAAAAUAUGUGUUUUCAUAAUCUACCCAGAGCUGAAUAUUUUAAAUAGUUCCUAGGACCAUUAUAUAUAAGGCAGUGUUACAGUGAGGAGCCUGUCCCAGGAAGCUUUUAUUCAACUCUUAUUAAACCAUCCUUUCUUGACUAUA